AUGUUGAUUGCUACUAUUUCUGUUGUGCUUAUUUUAUUUUUAACAGGAUAUUAUAUUAAUAGUAUCAAUGAGGAAAAUUCAUUCUUAUUAGCUAACGACAAUCUUUCAGAUAAAAAUACUACCAGUACUAUACCAUCUUCUAAAUUUCUAGAAAUAGAGAAACAAAGGCAGAAAUUUCCUAAAUUUGAUAUAUUAUAUGAUGAUUAUAUUAAAAAACACAAUCGAACCGUUGCAAAAUUAUUAAAUCAAACUACUAAAAAUAGUUCAACUAAGCUUCCAAAAGUUAUUGUUGUACAUGUUCAUAUGGAUGCAGGAUUAGGGAACCGGUUACCUGGAUUAAUAUGUGGUUUUUUAUAUUCGAUGAUUACCGAUAGGUUAUUUUUUAUUGAUGGGUUUUAUAACUUUUUAGAAAUUUUCGAAAAAGAUUUUGAGCAUGACUGGGAAAGCGUUGCAAACUUAUAUAAUAAUAGUAGUUUCAAAUAUUUACAUAACGAUGGAGAUAAUGAAUUUCAAUUGAUAACAAGAGGAAACCUUAAUAAUGAGGAAAUAAAUUCAUAUGAUAUUUUAUAUGUUCAAUCAUAUGAUUAUGUCUGUGCACCGAUAAUUUCGAAUCCGAACUACAAAGAAUGGAUUAGUAGUAUAAUACCGGACAAUAAAAUAUACGGUUCAAUUAGUCAAAAAUUAUUAAGACUAAAACGCAAUAUUAUUAAAAAAGUAGCAGAUUUUGUAGAUAACAACUUCGGAGAGUAUAAUAUAGGAAUUCACUUAAGAGUACAUAAGAAUGGUUACACACACGACUUUGAGACACCUACCGAACAUUAUUGCUAUACAGCAAAAAUGCUGAUAACGGGAAUGGAAAAAAAGAAUGUGACCAUCUUUAUAGCUGCUGAUGACAAUGCCAACCGCGAUAUUUUAAUAAAUUGUCUUUAUAGUUCACUUGGCUCGAAGAACGAUUCAGUUAAGAUUGUUCAUGCAGGAAAUGAUAUGGAUAUAUAUGAAGAUAGCGUAAAUCCUGGUACAGAAAUAGGUGCACUUGCCGAUUUAAAAAUUCUUAGCCUUUGUGACGAUCUGGUGGUUACAUUCGGUUCAUCAUUUAGUUUUAUAGCAUCUGGAUGGUCUUAUAAAUCAUCACAUCUAUGGGGUCCAUAUGUAGUAAUGCCAGUAAAAAAUAACGAUGAUGACUUUGGUAAUGAUAAAAUUUGGGUAUGGAAAGCUAUGUUCAACGAACCAUGUAUGUACACCAGUAAAUCAUUAUUAAAAAAUUCUGAUCCUGAAACUGUCAAAGUUUUUAAGACCAACCCAUUUUGGAUGUAUUAUAGCGAAGUAUGUUUUUAA